UUUCCCCAGGAGAGAGAGCGGAGGUCGCCAGCAUUUAACCUCCAAAUCACCAGCUUCCCCGAGAACAACAGCAGCGCUCUCCAGCUGUUCUGUCACCAGGAAGGAGUGAAGGAUGUGAAUAUUUCUGAACUUAUGAAGAAAUUAGAUAUCCUUGGCGAUAACGGGUGGCUGAAGCAGAUAGAAGGAACCGAGGCAGCCCUGACCCAGAAGAUGCUGGACCUGGAGAUGGAAAAGGACCUGUUCAGCAGGCAGAAGGGCUACCUGGAGGAGGAGCUGGACUACAGGAAGCAAGCGCUCGACCAGGCCUACCUGAGGAUCCAGGAGCUGGAGGCCACGCUGUACAACGCGCUGCAGCAGGAGCCGGGGCGGAGGGCCAGCGAGGCGCUGAGCGAGGGCCAGCGGGAGGACCUGCAGGCCGCCGUGGAGAAGGUGCGCAGGCAGAUCCUGAGGCAGAGCCGGGAGUUCGACAGCCAGAUCCUGCGGGAGCGCAUGGAGCUGCUGCAGCAGGCCCAGCAGAGAAUCCGAGAACUGGAGGAUAAGCUGGAGGUCCAGAGGCGACAUCUGAAAGAACUGGAGGAAAAGCGUCUGGGCCUCCCGGCCUGCACAGCCGGCGGUGUCCUCAGGGGGCAGUAG